AUGGACCAUAAAAGAGCUAAAGGAGGAGCUGAAAAAACUAGGGAAAAAAAAAGAUUAAAACUACAGAAUGAAGCAAGAUUUUGUCAUAAUAUUCAAAAUGAACCAGAACAUAACAAUGUAGCAGUGACUCAAGAUAGUGUAUUAUUAAGUGAUGACAAUAAGACUUCUAAUUUUGAAAUUGGUAUUAAUGAUAUUAAAUUAUUUGCAAAGCUUAUAGGUAAGCGAGGGCUAAGUUAUCGUGGUAAUAAAUACGAAGCAGCUUAUUCUCUUGAAGACCUUUCUUUAGAUCAUGGAAAUUUUUUAGAAAUCAUUCUUUUAUUAAAAAAAUUUGAUGUUGUUCUAAAUGAGCACUUAGAUUUAGUUAUUAAAAAAAGUAAAGCAUCUCAUAAAUCUGGAAAUAAAAAUCGUGGUGGACUGUUAACACUAAUAUCAAAAACAACAAUUAAUAUGGUUAUUGAGUGUAUAGAUCAAGAAAUUAAGACUUGUAUUGCACGAGAAGAACAAGAAACAGGAAUGUUCGCUGUUGAACUAGAUACCAUUCAAGAUAUUUCUGUCAAGGAUCAAUGUUCAGUCGUAUUAAGGUAUGUCAAUAAAAGUGGUAUUCAGGAACGAUUAAUUGCUAUAGUUAAUUGUAUAGACAGUUCUGGAAAAAGUAUUUUUGAACUCUUGAAGAAAGUUCUAUGCAGUAAUAAUUUAAACAUAGAAAACUGUAUCGCCAACUCUACAGAUGGAGCGGCCUCCAUGCAAGGCCAAUACAAUGGGUUUUCGACAUGGUUAGGUAAAGCUUCACCUGGUCAAAUGCAUGUAUGGUGUUAUAGCCAUAUUUUAAACUUGGUUAUAUCAGACGUUACAAAAACACCAAUAUCUGCAGCAACUAUGUUUAGUUUAAUGAACAGUUUGGCUGUUUUUUUUAAGGAGUCUCAUAAACGGAUGAAUGUUUGGAUGAUUAACAAUCAAGAUAAUAAAAAAAAAAAGGCUACAAACUAUAGGUGA